UAGAAAGUUCUGAAACCGCUCUCCGUAUCUAGUUUAGCAUCUAGCUAACAAAACCUGUCGGAAACCGCAGUAGAAAUCCUGCAGUUAUAUAGUGAGUUUACAUAUUACCUUCUAACUUUUGGUUUCACACUACUUCAAUCUUCCUGACAUUUGCCUUUCUGUCCAUCUUCAUUAGUACAUUGGCUUCACAGGGAUUACUGCAUCUGAACUGUCUGAUCGACUAAGAAUAUGUCCUUUCAUCCUGGCCGUGGAUGUCCCAGGGGCAGAGCUCCCCCGGGGCAGCACGGCUCACCCCAGAGUUACCGCCCAGCCAAUGUGCGCCUACCCCUGCCCCCUCAACCCCCUGUGCCCCUAUACCACUACGAGCCAACAGCACACUGCUCCGUGUAUAGCUCACAGGGUGCUAGCAGCUACAUGUCUCCACGCCCUGACUUUAUGCCCUACCCUGUUCCUGCCCCUCCCCAGGGGCUAGGGCCUCAGGGUCAGGGCCCCAUGCGGCCCCCGUUCCCGACGCCCCCUGUGCGGCCGGGUUUCCCUGAGCCACCCAGCUUCCCCCCACCGCCUCUCCCCAGCUCUGCCGGCAGCGGUCCGUAUCCCUACAUGCUCCCCUCCAUGCCCCCUCCGCCCCUGCCACCAGCUCCGCCUUCCGUGCCCCCGUCUCUCCCCUACCAGCCCCCCUACAGCAUGACCUACCCUCAACAGCCCCACUUCCCCCCUUCGCCUGGCUUUAGCCCCGGUUACGCCCCAUCUGACAGUGGCACCUUUAAGCCAGAGCACUUCCGCCAUCCGCCGCAGUACAAGGCUGACAAAUCACCUGGCGGCCGGCCGCGCUCACCCGAGAGGCCUCGUCGUCAUGACGACCACCGUCACAAGGCCUAUGGGUACGGCGGGCACGGAGACAGGCACAAGGUGGAGCAUGGGGCGGAGCGGAAAGAGCGAGGACGGAGCCCGGACAGGAGGCGAUACCGUUCUGAGCAUGAGAGGGGACGGACACCUCCGCGACACCGGAGCCAUGAGCGCAGCAGGGAGCACUGUCGGCACCGGGACAGCAGGACCUCUCCUCCGGUGGACAGACACAGAAAGCGCGCACGCAGUCGUUCGGCCAGCAGGGAGAGGAAGCGUGGCCGUGUGGAGGAGGACAGAGAAAAGAGGGCAGACAGCGCCGUGGGCGUCAGGGGCAGAAGCUCCACUAGGGCCAGGGACUCUGAGGAUGCCUCCUCUGAUCAUCGCCAGGAUGACGAGCGAGAGGAGGAGGAGUUACUAAAGCCUGCCUGGGUCCGCUGUACCCACGCAGAGAACUACUACUCUAAUGACCCCAUGGACCAAGUGGGCGACUCUACGGUGGUGGGCACAAGUAAGCUGAGAGACCUCUAUGAGCGCUUUGAGGAGGAGCUGGGCUGCAGGCAGGAGCAAGCCAAGUCAUCCAGACCUAAAUGGGACCCACCCAAAACAAAACUGGACCUGGACCAGGAUGAGAGUUCUAGUGAGUCGGAGAGCGAGUCUGGUGGAGACAGUAGCUGUUCCAGCAGCUCAGACUCGGAAAUGUUUGAUGUCAUCGCUGAAAUCAAGAGAAAGAAAGCUCACCCUGAUCGCCUUCAUGACGAACUGUGGUACAACGAUCCUGGACAGAUGAAUGAUGGGCCACUGUGUAAGUGUAGCGCCAAAGCCAGACGCACAGGAAUCCGCCACAGCAUUUACCCUGGAGAAGCGCCAGUGAAACCCUGCCGUCCAAUGAGCAACAAUGCUGGGAAACUUUUCCAUUACAGAAUCACUGUGUCUCCGCCCACAAACUUCCUGACGGACCGACCCACGGGGAUCGACUAUGAUGAUCAUGAAUACCUGUUUGAGGGAUUCUCCCUCUUCUCUCACACGCCCCUCACCAGUAUCCCUUUGUGCAGAGUGAUUCGCUUCAACAUUGAUUACACGAUCCACUUUAUCGAGGAGAUGUCACCUGAGAACUACUGCGUGAAAGGCCUGGAGCUGUUUGCCAAAUAUGUUUUUCAGGACAUUUUGGAACUGUAUGACUGGAAUCUUAAAGAUCCAGAGGAAAAUGACAGUCCUAACUGCCAGAGGUUUCACUUCAUGCCUCGUUUUGUUCGCUUCCUCCCAGAUGGGGGAAAGGAGGUGUUGUCUAUGCACCAGGUCCUGCUGUAUCUGUUGUGUAGCAGUAAGCCCCUGGUUCCUGAGGAGGAGAUUGCGAACAUGCUCCAGUGGGAGGAGCUGGAGUGGCAGAAAUAUGCAGAAGAGUGCAAAGGCAUGAUCGUCACCAACCCGGGCAUGAAACCCAGCUCUGUGAGGAUAGACCAGCUGGAUCGGGAGCAGUUUAACCCAAAUGUCAUCACUUUCCCCAUCAUAGUACACUUCGGCAUACGGCCCGCACAGCUCAGCUAUGCAGGAGACCCUCAGUAUCAAAAGCUGUGGAAGAGUUAUGUGAAACUGCGCCACCUACUGGCCAACAGCCCCAAAGUGAAACAGAUUGAUAAGCAGAAGUUGAUGCAAAGAGAGGAGGCUCUGCAGAAGAUUCGUCAGAAGAACACCAUGAGGAGAGAGGUGACCGUUGAACUCAGCAGUCAGGGCUUCUGGAAGACGGGGAUCCGCUCUGAUGUCUGCCAACAUGCAAUGAUGCUCCCAGUCCUGACCCAUCAUAUCCGGUACCACCAGUGUCUGAUGCACCUGGACAAGCUCAUUGGCUACACCUUCAAGGAACGAUGUCUCCUUCAGCUGGCUAUGACUCACCCAAGCCAUCACCUGAACUUUGGUAUGAACCCUGAUCAUGCCCGCAACUCGCUGUCCAACUGUGGCAUCCGUCAGCCCAAAUAUGGGGACAGGAAGGUGCAUCACAUGUACAUGAGGAAGAAAGGAAUUAACACACUGAUUAACAUAAUGUCCCGUCUGGGGCAGGAUGAUCCCACUCCCUCCAGAAUCAGUCAUAAUGAGCGGUUGGAGUUCCUGGGUGAUGCAGUCGUGGAGUUCCUCACCAGUGUCCAUCUCUACUAUCUGUUUCCCAGUCUGGAGGAGGGUGGUCUGGCCACAUACCGCACAGCGAUAGUUCAGAACCAGCAUCUCGCCAUGCUGGCCAAGAAACUGGAGUUGGACAGGUUUAUGCUGUAUGCUCACGGCCCGGACCUGUGUAGGGAAUCUGACCUCAGGCACGCUAUGGCCAACUGCUUUGAAGCUCUCAUAGGGGCAGUGUACUUGGAAGGUGGGUUGGAGGAGGCCAAGCAACUCUUUGGGAGAUUGUUGUUCAACAGUGAGGACCUCCGGGAGGUUUGGCUGAACUACCCACCACAUCCAUUACAAGUGCAAGAGCCUUUAACAGAUCGGCAGCUGAUAGAGUCCUCCCCUGUCCUCCAGAAGCUCACCGACUUCGAGGACGCCAUUGGAGUUCUGUUCACACACGUGCGGCUGCUCGCACGGGCCUUCACUCUCCGUACUGUGGGCUACAACCAUCUCACGCUGGGACAUAACCAGAGGAUGGAGUUUCUUGGUGAUUCCAUCAUGCAGCUAGUUGCCACGGAAUAUCUGUUCAUUCACUUCCCAGACCAUCAUGAAGGACACCUCACGCUUUUGCGGAGUUCUCUAGUGAAUAACAGGACCCAGGCGAAGGUUGCUGAGGAGCUGGGCAUGCAAGAGUAUGCCAUCACCAACGAUAAAACCAAACGCCCUGUCGCCCUCCGCACCAAGACCCUCGCUGAUCUACUGGAGUCUUUCAUCGCUGCCCUUUACAUAGACAAAGACCUGGAGUACGUCCACGCCUUCAUGAACGUCUGCUUCUUCCCACGGCUGAAGGAGUUUAUUCUGAACCAGGACUGGAACGACCCCAAGUCCCAGCUCCAGCAGUGCUGCCUCACCCUGCGCACGGAAGGAAAAGAACCCGACAUCCCGCUCUACAAAACACUGCAGACGGUGGGACCAUCCCAUGCACGGACCUACACGGUUGCCGUGUACUUUAAAGGGGAGAGGAUAGGAUGUGGAAAAGGCCCCAGCAUCCAGCAGGCGGAGAUGGGUGCUGCCAUGGACGCACUGGAGAAAUACAACUUCCCACAGAUGGCGCAUCAGAAGCGCUUCAUUGAGCGGAAGUACAGGCAGGAGCUGAAGGAGAUGAGAAGAGAACGUGAGCGGCAGGAGCGAGAGAGUGACGAUGAUGGCGAUGACAGCCGCAAGUGAGCAUGGAAGAGGAGCAUCUUCAGGAGGGGCCUCCAAUCAGAAGGCUGAAGUCAGAAGAGGAAAUGCACUGGUGCUCAUUAUGAAUUUGACAUGCUGAAGACCACACCUGAGUUAGGACCUGUCCCAUUACUAUGAUGCCUAGAAAGACCACACCUGAGUUAGGACCCAUCCUAUUUCACUGGACAUUGCGACUUAUCCUGCAGACGUUCCAUUGUGUAGCGCUGUGAACUUCCCUUUACAUGGUGGCUCUGCCGGUAAAGGAGAGACGGUACUUUUAACUGCUUGUGGCAGAGGUUUUUAGUUUGUGUUUAUUUUUAUUUGGGAACCUUUUUGGUGCCGUAUUUGAAUGUUAUUUUAUAUUUAGUAACAAUAUUGAGUGGAUUAUGUCUACUAAUAAAAAAUAAUCAACUAUC